AUGCAUUUCAUCGAAGACGUGGUGUUACUUGCAGUUGGAAACGGAAUCUUGAACACACACCAUCAAUCUCAGUACCUACGAGACUACAAUGUUGGGUUUACACAGAUCUUUUGCUACCUAGCUUAUACGACCUUCGACCAUAAAACUCUUCUAAAAGUAUUGAUUGAGUCGAUCUUUGGAAGCAAACCUUGUGCCGAGAUGAAAGAAUCUGCGCUGAAACUGACAAAGCCCUUAGCUCAGACAGUGCAAGAAAAAUUUGCUGAUUUUGAAGAAGCGGUUAAGGAUUCUACUAAAACCACAGUUCUGGAUGGACCGUACAUCCGUUUACUAGCUACUUACCAAUCAACGUUGAGGCUACUAUUUCAAGAGUUUGCCAAUAAGGAUCCCGAUUCGGAGUUGGGUUCCGUAAUAACGAGGAUCAUGCAUGCUUUACAAGAAAAUUUGGAUGUCGAGCGGGAGCGGUCUGGUAGAGAACUCAAUUAUAUCAAGAGCAUCAGUAAUAGACAGAUUCAAGACUUUCAAUUCUCAGUUCAAAGAGCUUCACCAAAGACAAUGCCAAUGGACUGUUCCUGA